GACUUUCAGCUCUAUUUCAAUGGCCGCAGGGGCACAUAAACAAGAUUGUUUUUGUUUGUGAUAAUUUCAUUCCAAUGACGAGUUCCGAAUUCCCGCUGCUUGCGCUGCUUUGUUUGCUACUGACCCUGGAAAACUCCCUGAUCUCCGGCCAGAUGAUGUCCUCGCUGGUGAAGCCGGGCAUCUUCCGGCACCUGAUGUGUCGCAACAACAUGUACCCGCGCAGCUCUGUCCUCCGAUACCCGGUGUCCGACGAGCAGGUCUUCUGGUCCGAGCCGUUUCCGGAUUACUGCCCGCCGGUGUAUACCUCGCCACACAUUGGCGGCCAGGUGUGGGCCGAUCCUCCGCUGCCCAGCGACACGUUCCGGCCGCAGUGGAACCAGCUGGAUGGCCAGGUCAACCGCGAGUCCUUCCAUGGCGCGUACAAGCUGCAGAAUGGACUGCCGCUCAAUCCCAUCGGACGCACUGGUCUGAGUGGACGUGGUUCUCUGGGCCGAUGGGGUCCCAAUCAUGCCGCUGACCCCAUAGUCACACGCUGGAAGCGAAACGACCAGGGAGCCGUUGUGGCCAACCCAACCAGCGGAAAAAAUAUCCUACAGAUGGUGGCCAUACAGCGGUCUGACAACAAGCUGUGGGCCAUUCCCGGCGGCAUGGUCGAUCCCGGUGAGAAUGUCAGCGUCACCCUCAAGCGGGAGUUCACCGAGGAGGCGCUGAACUUCACGGACAAGGCCAAUAUGGUGGAGCAGUUCUUCCACGAGGGUGGCGUACAAGUGUACCAGGGAUAUGUGGACGACUUCCGCAACACGGAUAACGCUUGGAUGGAGACCACGGCGCUCAACUUCCACGAUGAGGACGGCAGCAAAGUGGGUCAAUUGGAGCUAAUGGCUGGCGACGACGCCACCAAUGUGCGCUGGACGGACGUCGACUCGGAUCUCAAGCUGCACGCCAAUCAUGCCGACAUUGUCCGAGAGGUGGUCAUCCGCAGGAAUGCGCACUGGUAGAGACCAGCACAAGCCAUGCCAUAAUCCAUGCAUAACUCACUCAAAUGUAGAAUAGUUCGCGCAGAAAAAAUAAUUUGGAAUUCCUAACGAAAAUGAUUUAAUGAACCCCUCGAAUUUAACAACAAAAAUUCCUUUAUUGUAUCGUUUAUUUCAGACUAUUCAUAUUCAUGUGUCACUGGGUGCAGAUAUUAUAAAUUACAAAACAUGUC